AUACCAACAGGUUCACCGCUCCGCUCAAUUAGCCUCCGGACCCCGGGGCUACCCCGAUGAGCCAUCUCCUGCUCUCACAACGUCCAUGACGGAUCGCCUGGGCCAGGAUGUCGCGGUGCAAGACGACUUGCUCAAGCAGGGUCGCAAGCGGAAGCGCGACGCGGGCGAGAUCCCGUACCCUCUGGACUACAGCAGGAACCUGAUCGACUACGAUAACUUCGACUUCAGGUUCAUGUACAAACUGACCGGCACGUUGACCAUCCACGAAUUCGAAGAGCCCCCCAAGCUUGUGCUCGACUUGGGUUGCGGGAGCGGCUUGUGGUGCAUCAAGGCCGCGCAACAAUGGCCGAACAGCCAUCUGAUCGGGCUCGACAUGAAGGACAUACAACCCAAGCUGGAAGAGCUGGAGAAGACCGCACAUGCCGACGUUUUGCGACGCGUAAAGUGGGUGCAUGCGAACAUGUUGGACCGGCUACCUUUCGCGCCGAAUCAUUUCGACAUGAUCCGAUUCCAGGGUAUCGGUCUUGGCGUCCCUGAAGACGAGUGGCCGAGUAUCUUGGAGGAAAUUCACCGAAUCUUAAAGCCAGGCGGCGUACUCGAGAUAAUUGAAGAGGAUUUAAUAUUCCCCACCGGCCCUUUACCCGCAUCGGCGGUGGUACUGGACUCCCCGCAGCAACUGCAGCUCCCUACACCCCACAGGGAAUCUAGCGGCAAUUUAUCGUACCGUACGGACGCCUCGACGUCCAACAAUUCCCUUGGUCGCAGCUCCAGAUCACAGUCAAACGCUAGCGCUAACCAGGGUUCCGCCGUAUCGAAUGGACACUCGACAGAUCAACUCCCGCCGUACGAUGAUCGCAAGUCAAGCACAGUGGGCUCUCGACGCCCGCACCCCCAGGACCACCGGAUGCUGAAGGCCACAUGGGACGAACUCCUCGAAAGCCGCUUCAUCGCCCCAAAUCCGCUAACCAUACUGCCACUGUAUCUCUCCGCCACUUUCGUUGACAUCCGAUCGUUCCCGCUACUGCAAGUUCCGCUGCCACCCAACUCCAACACCCCGCACCUCUCGCUGCCGCAGAGCGCAAGCACAUCCUCUAGGGACUCUAUUGCAGUGCCCGGCACUUCUCGACCGUCGGCAGAGCUACGACCAAUACAUCCGAUACAAGAGUCUAGCAAGUCGCUCAUUCAACAGUGGGCCCCUAUGAUGCUCGCACGAACGGUGCAGAUCAUCGUCGAGUGCAAGGAAGUUCUUUGGGAGCAAUAUGAACGGUUAUUCGCGGAUGCUCCUCGAAUCCUUGACGAGCACGAUCAAGCGCAAACGCUGCAAGAAGAAUUCGAGCUCUAUUUUUCCAAUUGGCGACACGAUAUGGAGGACCGCAUUCAGCCGCGCCGGCUUCUCGAGCAGUUUAAAUGGCCCGAGCCCCAGGUCGGCGGGGACCCAGGUUGGCGCGUGUGGAGGGAAAACCUUCCGCACACGGAGGGCUUCGAGCGCCAACCUGGUCAGGAUAUUUGUCGUCGCAUGAGGUGCUUCGUCGGAUGGAAAGCCGACAACCAACCACCAAUGUGAUGGGCGAUCUUCUACAAAUAUAGCUUUCUCGUUUGGUUGCAUGCUCCAGGGCACAUAUUCUACUACAAGUUCUACUUGGCGGACCUCCUUGCAAGCCCUUCCCCUCAUCCCCUGUGUUCUCAACAUCCGCAUCUCCAAUGGAUCAUGUCAGUGGCUUGGGUUAUAUAUCAUCUAGUUACAAUCGUAGUGCUGCAUAUAUUCGCAUCUCUAUAGAAGUAGUACUUCAUGUAAUUCAGACACUA